AUGUCAUCUGGAAGCGCACCUUACGACAUCCAGAUCAAGCUGUUGAUGAUCGGUGACAGUGGUGUUGGUAAGACAUGUCUCCUCCUUCGUUACGCCAACGACUCUUUCAGUCCGACCUUCAUCACUACGAUUGGAAUUGAUUUCAAGAUCAAGAAUAUCGACAUUGAUGGAACAAAGAUCAAGCUUCAGAUCUGGGAUACCGCUGGACAAGAGCGUUUCCGUACAAUUACCACUUCGUAUUUCCGCGGAGCCCAGGGAAUCUUGUUGGUCUACGACGUGACAGAUCGUCGAUCCUUUGAAUCCAUUCGCAACUGGAUAUCUCAAAUUCAGCAACACGCCGAUGUUCACGUGAACAAGAUCCUAGUUGGAAACAAGUGCGAUAUGCUUGACGAGAAGGUUGUAUCCACCGAAGAGGGAGAGAAAUUGGCUAAGGAAUUUGGCAUUCAAUUUUUUGAAUGCUCUGCCAAGAAUGACAUUAAUGUGGACAGUUCGUUCGUCAACAUUGGAAGAUCUGUCAAGGAUCGACUACUAGCCGAAGGUCAGGGUGGACCUUCUCAAAAGUCCUCGGGGGUCACGCUCAACAAUAACAAUGGCGGUGCCAAGAAGCCAGGAUGCUGCUAA